AACAGCGAUCAGCUGUUCAGAGCUCACACUUCAAGGUUCUGCCUUUCUGCAAAAUUAUCUGUCACCAAGAAAAUUAAUUCCACGUCAUUCAAGUUAAUUAUUACAAAAAUUAUUGUUUUUUGAGCUAAACUGUUGUAUAAUGUGUAUUUGAAAUUCAAUCAAUCCUAAUUGUCACAACUGCAAUCUAAUUCCUCAUUACAAAAAAGUAAACGUGUUGUGUUUGUGAGGUUAGUUAGGUUAUGUUGCCCGGUCUGGUAAUUAAAUAAGAUUCCAGUUAAUGAAUUAACUGUCAAAUAAGCAAUGGAAGGUCUUUAUCACCAAACAAAUAGACUUGUUAUUGAAACUCAACAGUGUUUCCAGAAGUUGGAACAAAAUCGAGGUGGAAAUACAGAUUCAAUCAAGGAUGAAAUUCAAGCCAGGAUUGAUUCAAUCACCAGUAAUUGUGAGAGGCUUGACAUCCUUAUCCAUAAAGAGCCAGUGAGUCGAAGACAAAAUGCCAAGAUAAGAAUAGACCAGUUAAAAUACGACAAUCAACAUCUACAGGCGGCUCUUAGAUCUCAUCUAAAUGAAAUCUACAGGAAGCGAAUGGAAGAAUCAGAACGUGAAGAGCUGUUGAAUCGUAGAUUCACACAUGAAACCCACGACACCACUAUUUUCAUUGAUCAUUCAGUUCAGCAUAACUUAUCAUUACAGAACGCCAACAGAGGCGUGGACGACAUGCUGAAAUCGGGCUCCGGCAUUCUGGACAGCCUGCGCAGUCAGAGGGAGUCCAUGAAGGGCGCUCACAAACGCCUGAUGGACCUGGCCAACACUCUGGGACUCUCCAACACCACUAUGCGACUCAUAGAGCGGCGCGCGCAGGAGGACAAAUACAUACUAAUUGCCGGAAUGGUCGUUACCUGUCUCAUCAUAAUGCUUGUUGUUAUAUACUUCACGUGAGCUGUCCAACAAUCACAACUUAUUAAGUAAAGUUCUUGGUGUGUUCUAUGUGUACAUAUAUGGUUGACAUUUUUUAAAGUACAGAAAACGAAAAUGAGAACGAUUUACAAACAGUCUUGAAAUGAUGUAUUCAUUCUUUAAUAUUUGUAUAGUUACAGAGUAUAAUAUAUUCAUGAUUCAAAGCAAAGUCAUGACUUUUAAACCUCUGUGAACUAAAUGGUAAGCUCUUUGUAUAUGGUUGACGUUUCUAGGGUUCAAAAAACUAAAAUGAGAAUUUCAUACAAACAGUUUUAAAAUCAUUUAUAUACUCUGUAAUAUUUGUAUAGUUGCAGAGUAUAUAUUCAUCGACUCAAAGCAUAGUCAUGACUUUUAAGCAUCUGUGAACUAAUGUAUAUGGUUGACGUUUCUAGGGUUCAGAAAACUAAAAUGAGAAUUUCAUACAAAUCGUUUUAUAUAUCUGUAUAGUUGCAGAGUAUUAUAUUCAUGACUCAAAGCAAAGUCAUGGCUUUAAGCCUCUGUAAACUAAUGCAUAUGGUUGAUGUUUCUAGGGCUCAGAAAACUAAAAUGAGAAUUUCAUGCAAACAGUCUUAAAAUGAUGUAUUCACUCUGCAAUAUUUAUAUAGUGACAGAAUGACUCAAAACAAAGUCAUGACUUUUAAGCCUCUGUGAACAGCAUCACCUUCAAUACCCACAAUUCCUUUGUAAUUGUAUAUUUCCAGGGUGCAGAAAACUAAAAUGAGAAUUAUAUACAAACAGUUUUAAAAUGAUGUAUAUAUUCUGUAAUAUUUGAAUAGUUACAGAGUACGGUAUAUUUAUGACUCAAAUCAAAGUCAUGACUUUUAAGCCUCUGUGAACUGCAUCACCUUCAAUAUCUACAAUUCCUUAGUAAUUGUAAUUGUAUAUUUCUAGGUCUCAUAAUACUAAAAUGAGAAUAAUAUACAGUUUUAAAAUGAUGUAUAUACUAUGUAAUAUUUGUAUAGUGACAGAGUAUAUUAUUUAUGACUCGAAUCAGUCAUGACUUUCAAGCCUCUGUGAACUGCAUCAGCUUCAAUGCCUACAUUGUCUACAAGAAUAAAUCUCCAAUUUUAAGUAUCUGAAAAGAGAUCUUCAAUGAGAAUUUUCUAUUUUGUAAUGGUAUACUCAUAGUUUUGAGUAAAAUUAAUGAAUAUGGUUUUAAUAUUCAUAAGGUGUGCUUGAAAUUCAACUAACGCGCAAUAUUAACUGUCAUCAACUUUUUAUUCAUAGGGCUACUACAAUAAUUAUUGAAAUGAAAUAAAAAAAUUAUCAAGUAUCCUUUUUAUAUUUUAUUAAAGCACAACUAAUGUGUUCUAAUUUUAUAGUCCUAGAAAAUGGCUUUAAUUAGUCAAAACAUGUUCUAAUUUUAGAUGAUAUAAUUAGUCAAAACAUGGUGUGUAUGCGCUUAAAAAAUACAAAAAGGGUAUUUAAUCAUUUUUAUUUCAUUUCAAUAUUAAUCAUCUCCAUAGUAAAAUCGACACCAUGAUAAAUCAUCCAUAUCAAUAGCAGAGUAUUUAAAUACAGUCAAUUUGUUCCAAGUUUUAAAUGAUACAAAACAAAGAAAGCAACUAUAAAAGAGAACAAUUUGCACACUUUGAAAAUCCAACUCCCGGUUGUACUAAGUUAAUUAACUUUUGAUCGUGAUUAAAUUACGUUUCAAUGCCACGAGAACCAAAGACUUCAAUCAGCGCUUAACCACGGUUAAAUUUCUUGAAAUGUUUGUGCAACCGAGCUCAACUCUUUAUUUAGAGCCAAUUUCACAUCUUAUGAUCCCCCACAUCUUUUUAAAUGCAUGAAAACCAGAAGAAGCAAUAAAAAAAGGAUGACUAUAUAAAUAAAUCAAGACCCUUUUAAAUGUCAAUAUAGAAACCAUAUUGUGAUCUCUAUCUCUCUCGCCUCUAUAACUAAUCAAGAGAGAGAGAGAGACAGAAAAACAUUCCUUGUUGUUAUUGAUGUUCACAAUUAUAUUGUUUUAAAUUUUGUACACAUUCUGAUUGUAUAACUGUAUCUACACUUAUUAUUACAUAUAUUUGUUUAUAAAAAUAUAUAUUGUGUACAUUUUA